AUUUACAUUCUCUUUGUAGUUUAUCCGUCGCGUAGUGUGGAGAGUGGAGACCGACGUUGAAACUUGAAAGUCUCGAAAGUUUUGAGUACUUUUUCUAGUUUCCUAAUUCCUUUUUGUUUUAUCUUUAAUAUAAUCUAAAUCACGAAAUAUGUCUGUUGCGGCUAAAGGUAUUUUCAUUGUGGGCGCCAAGAGGACUCCAUUUGGUACCUUUGGAGGAGUAUUCAGGAACACAAAUGCCACAGAACUGCAGACACUGGCAGCUAUUGCUGCUUUGAAAGAGGCUGGUGUGAAUCCGACACAAGUUGACUCUGUUGUUGUAGGACAAGUCAUGUCGGCGUCCCAAACGGAUGGUACCUACACGCCGCGCCACGCAGCGCUCAAGGCCGGCAUUCCGCAGGAGAGGCCAGCACUUGGCAUCAACAGACUGUGCGGCUCUGGCUUUCAGUCGGUCGUCAACAGUGCUCAGGAUAUUAUGACAGGCGCGGCCAAGAUAUCGCUGGCCGGUGGCGUGGAGAACAUGUCGCAAGCUCCGUUCGCCGUCCGCGGUAUCCGGUUCGGUACCGCGUUGGGCACCAGCUACGCCUUCGAGGACACCCUUUGGGCUGGCCUCACCGACUCCUACUGCGGCCUUCCCAUGGGAAUGACCGCGGAGAAGUUGGGCGCACAGUUUGGUAUCACUCGUGACGAGGUCGACAACUUUGCGCUCAGGUCGCAGCAGAGAUGGAAGGCAGCAAAUGACGCGGGCAUCUUCAAGGCGGAGAUAGAGCCGGUCACCCUGACGGUGAAGAAGAAGGAAGUGAAAGUGGAGGUGGACGAGCAUCCUCGCCCGCAGACCACCAUUGAGAGUUUGAAGAAACUGUCGCCCGUCUUCAAGAAGGAGGGUCUCGUCACUGCCGGGUCUGCUUCGGGUAUCAGCGACGGUGCCGGUGCAUUGGUACUGGCAAGUGAAGAGGCUGCCAAAAACCUUAAACCCCUGGCCCGCCUGGUGGGCUGGUCCUACGUGGGAGUGGACCCCAGCAUCAUGGGUGUGGGGCCCGUUCCCGCCAUCGAGAACCUGCUCAAGGUCACCAACCUGACACUCAACGAUAUCGACCUUAUUGAAAUAAACGAGGCGUUCGUGGCUCAAACCCUUUCGUGCGCCAAAGCUCUUAAACUGGACAUGGAGAAACUGAACGUAAACGGCGGAGCCACGGCGCUGGGACACCCGCUGGGCGCAUCCGGCUCCAGGAUCACGGCACACCUGAUCCACGAGCUCAGACGGCGCGGCCUGAAGCGCGGUAUUGGAUCCGCGUGUAUUGGCGGCGGUCAAGGCAUCGCACUCCUGGUCGAGACUGUCUAACAUCACUUGCACUAACUAACACACUCUUACUGUAGUCGAACCAACCACAUAAUGACAAGAUAGCGCAAAAGACACAUCGAUUCACUACAUUCUUAAACAUAGGUAGUAUAGUACCACCAACUUAUAUUCAUGUGGACAAAGUUACGGCCGUUCCCAAUAUUCAGCCUAUCUCCGGUUGUGGCAUACUUGAGAUAAAAAUCGUAACUGUUGUUGACUUUUCUGUCCCAAUAAACUAAUCGACGGUUACUCACAUUAUCCGUACUCGCAGUCUGUCAAUGGGAGGACGUAUAGCUUACCAGCGAUAGAAGUUUGUAUGGAAGUUGCAAUUCACGCGUCCCAAUAUAAGGCGAUGAGAAUGACUUAUCGAGUGUAUUGGGACAGCUUCAGAUUAUUGACAGCUAAUAACUGACAGUAGAAGGGACUAUCUAUCUCCAUCUGUAGAUAGUAUAUUGGGAAGGGCCUUUAAACAACAGCUGAGUCAGUGGCCAUUUUAUCAUCGUAUCGUUUCAUAGUGAAAAAAAAAGCAAUUAAAAUGCUGAAAUCUCUUUAAAAGUGAUGCCCAGAUAAUUAUUAAAGGUUUUAUCAUUUUGGCAUUAACAAAUUUAGAAAAAUUUAAGGUGGAACUAUAAGUUAGACGUCAAAACUAAAUAUGUGAUUAAAAUUGUCUGUAACAUCUGGAUAUUGUGUGUAUGGUUAAUCAUUGUUUUGUUGGUCCGACUAUACAAAAAGUAAUCAAUUAACAUAACACAAGUGUAAUUUUAAGUAUAAUUAAUGUAUUAUAGAAAUGCCUUGGAAUUUAUAAUAUCUUACAAAAAAUCAAAUUUAUAAAAUACAAUUUUACAUGUUAGCAGCAAUGAUACUUUAUAUAGACUAAAUACUUACAGAACAACUGAAAAUGUCACAUUGACACAUUGUGAUAAUUUAAAAAGGCUGGCGUGAUUUACCCCCUUAUUCAUAAUAGUCUGCUAACUUAAAGCAUUGCUAAUUCUCACUCUGUCUUCUUCUAUUGACCUGGGUCAGAAUGAGAAAAAACACUCCUAAGCGGAUGUUUAAAGUUAGCGGACCAUUAUGAAUAAGGGGGUAAUACAAUAAGAAAAAAAAUAGCUAGUGUUUGUCACUUGUACGAAGUUAUCUGUUGUCAAAAUGCGUCCCGGUUAGGACGCUUUGGAGUAACACUCCUUUUUAAUAUUACAAUGUAAUAUCAUGUAAGUAUAAUAUCUGUUAAUUUUUGUUUUAAUUCGUUAUCAAAUACAGUUAAUGUGUUGCGAUGUGAAAGAAAAUUAAAAUUAAGUUAUGCAAUGUCUAUUAAGUAUAUUUUUCUAUUUUUUGUAUAUAAGUACCGAUAUGUAUUUUUGAUAUCUAAUCGAGUUUUUUACAAUGAAAUCACGCAGUUUUAUCAAUAUUUGUAAAUACUUUGUUAGUCUUUAUAUUUUUGUAAAUAUAUUGUUGGCAAUAUAUUUGUUGUUGGCAGUUGGCAAAAAUUUUGAAAUUAAAUAUGUCUAUUGUU